AUGAAAGCUAUGGUGGUGAGUCCGGUCGGUGGCAGAGUCCCGUCGACGAGGGGCGUGCUGCAGCACAGUCUCGGAAUAAACGGUACGAGACGUGACCUCGAGGCCGAGGAGGUCGCAGCUUACCUCACCAAAUUACGUUCUCUCGUGCCGGAUAUGCCGAGGAAACGAAAGCUCUCGAAACUCGAAGUUAUCCAGAGGGUUAUCGAGUAUAUAUGUGAUCUCCAAACGACUCUCGAAGAGACAAACACCCAUCAAGAAUCGUCGGUACCAGCCUCGGGAAUAAAGGGCAACGGUGUCGGGCAAGUAAGUAACAGCAACACGAGGCAACCUCUGCAGCCUUUGUUGAAUGCAUCGGCACUGUCGUCGUCGCCGAUGAGCGCCACCGGUGUACCGAGCGCGGGGCUCGCCGAGCGGUGA